AUGCAGCAACACCGCGAUCAAUUAUCGGGCUGUCCAUCAUCAACGGCCUUUAUAGAUGGAAGGUUUGAGGUUGCAUCUUCCAACACAUUUAAUUCCAUGUCCAUGAUCAUACCAAAUAACAGGACUUUGCGAUCACCACUACCUACUCUCUCGGAAUAUGAAGAUCCUUUUAUUAUACAUGAUCCCAACGCAUGUUGGUGCUCGGGAUGUAAAAGAAAAAUUGAAAUAGGCUCUGUAAUUUUAUUAUGUUUAAAUUGUCCUUUUGGUCGACAUAUACACAAAUCACGAAAUAUGGAAGUAAAUGACAUGACCACAAGCUGCUGUAGUAGUAGCAAUAUUAGUCAAUCAUCAAUGGAUGGAAAUUCUCAAAAUUCAAAUAUCAACUCCAAUAAUAAUACAAAAGGGUACAUGUUAUGCAACAAGUGUGGAAAGGACUUUUCAAAGCAUCAUCUUAAAAAAGGUCAUUGUUUUGUGACCAUGUUGAAUAGAAGAUUUAGUUACGAAGCUCUAUUAGAAAGUGCACGAUUUGAUACAUUAUCAAGCAAGAUUAGUUCAAAGUGUAUUUCAAAGAAUGGUGUUUUAGUGGUGGAUGGUUUUUGUAAAGUUGAGUCAAGUCAUAUCAAGUCCAAUUGUUGGUUAUUCACAAAACCAAAAGAAUUAUUUGCAGAUGAGGAGAUUCAAAUAUUUAAUGAUAAAGUAAUUCAUAGAAGAGUGACAUGUGAUGGUUGUGAAUGUACAAUUCAUGGAACAAGAUACUGUUGUUUAAAUUGCGCUGACUUUGAUUUGUGUAGUAAUUGUAUGAAACAGCAUUUACAUCAUGGUCGAAGCAGCAUGUUGGGAACAGAUACGUCCAUAGAUCGAUCCACAAUGACCGUACAGAAUAUUGCUAACACUGAGGCAGCCACAGCAGUUUCACACAAUCCGAAUCAUGUUUUUUUACAAACAUUGCUUCCACUAUUGAACAGACCUCAACAGCUUUCUAAAUGUAUUUUUUUGGAUGGCCUUAGUGAGAAUGAAACUGGAACUAGCUAUAUGAAUAACAGCGUCAAUCAUGGUAACAGCAGCCUGACGUGGAAUAGCUCUUCACCAACUGACUUCAAUAAUUCCCAUAAUUACGAGCAACAGCAGUCAUCCAUGCAACAACACAUGGUGAUUCACACUACAAACUCACCACAAACUCUUGGAAAUAACACUACAUCUGGUUUGAUUGACCUCACGCAAUCGAACCCAAAUAUUACAAUCAUUCCAUACAAUUCGAAUAUAUUUGACUUGCUCUAUGAAAUUGAAUGUCUGAGCUUUUCCAAAGCAUACAAUAGGGAGUUAUUAUUGCAAUUAUUGAAUUUAUCACUGUACAAUUCUUUGGACAAACCUGUUGAUUAUUUUGCAUGGGUUGCCUUAGUGAAUACUGAAAUGGUACAUGGUAUUAUUAGUACCAAUGCACGUUCACACCACACAAAAAAACCUCAACAGUACGUUGCAGGAUUUAUCAUGUACAAUGUGAAUAAGGAAAAGGAGAGAGCUGAGAUUUCAUCCUUUGCAGUACAUCCCUCUUUGAGAAGUCAUGGAAUUGGUCGUGAAUUAUUGCGCUACUCAUUAUCUCACAUUCUUAAUUAUGAAUGGUUGUGGGUUGUCCAACAAAAGCCUCAGUCGAUUAUUGAAAAGUUACUUUCGGGAGAUUUAACAACCAUUGGAGUAACAGCUUUUGCUAUUGUUGCAAUUUCAGUUUUGGUCAAUAAGAUUAUGGGAAGCAGACCAACCAAACCAGUUGAAAAAUCAUCACCAUCCACCACCACAACAACUAGUACACAAAUGAAGAAGGAAGAGAGUGUCAUCUCUGCCGAGGAAUAUAGACCAUUCAAGCUCAUUGAAAAGAAGAGUCUUACCGAAGGAGAGAACGUGAAAUGCCCAGUCCGUCUCUUCAGAUUUGAAUUACCUGCAGGAAAGAGUUUGGGAUUGCCUGUGGGUCAACACAUUUCAUUGAAGGCCACCAUCAAUGGAGAGGAAGUUGCCAGAAGCUACACACCAACCUCUUCGAAUGAUGAUAAGGGAUUUUUCGAUCUUGUGGUCAAGAUUUAUCCAAAGGGCCUAAUGACUCAACACUUGGAUACCAUGAAAAUUGGCGACACCAUUUUGGUUAGUGGACCAAAGGGACGUUUCAAUUAUGAAAAGAACAAGUAUAGCAAGUUGGGAAUGAUCGCUGGUGGUACCGGUAUUACACCAAUGCUUCAAGUUAUUGAGGAAAUUCUCAAGCAUCCAGAUGACAAGACUGAAAUUGCUUUAUUGUACGGCAACUUGACUGAACAAGAUAUCAUUUUGCGUGAUAGAUUGGAGGAAUUGGCCAGAAAACACCCACAAUUUACCUUGUAUCAUGUUUUGAACGAACCUCCAACCAAUUGGACUCAAGGAGUUGGUUUCAUCACUCAAGAAAUGAUUGAAAAGUACUUGCCAACUGCAGGUGAAAAGAUGAACGUGUUAAUGUGUGGUCCUCCUCCAAUGUUGGGAGCCAUGAAGGGCCAUUUGGAAAAGCUUGGCAUGAAGCGUGGUGAACAUUACUUCUCUUUCUAA